AUGCAAUCGCAAUCCUCCAAGCCAGACUUCUGGCUAGAGCCCCUCAAUGAAAAACAUCUCCAGGACUUCCACGAACUUUACUCAGACGAGCAAGCUGAUGCUUGGAGCUGCCAGCGCUCCACAGCCACCCCCGAAGCAUCAGCGGUUCUGCUAACCCGAGCGUCCACGAAUGAUGCAGGGAAACCGUGGCGCGUCAGCUGUGCCAUCAUGUCGUCAAACCACCCGCCCCCGGGCGCCCACGACGCCACCCCGGCGACGGCAACGACGAAAAUGAUCGGCGUGGUCAAGACGACUCAGGCAUCAGCCUGGGGUUUGAUGAUCGGCUACAAGCUGAGGUCGAACUGCUGGGGCAGGGGGUACGCCACGCGUGCCGUGUGUGCGUUUCUGAACAUCUAUUGGAGCCAGUCACGCCGGGCGCCGAGGGGAGAGGUUUUCGUUCAGCAGACCCCGAACAUCCAUGAAGCCAGCUCUCAUGUGUCGAGAGAUGGGGCGUCGACGCGAGACGGAAGUACGAUGACGAGAGUUGCGGGGUUAGGCGGGGACGCUGACGAGGUUGAGAUCACGCAUCUCGUGGCCCAGGUGGACCCGGACAACCUGGGCAGCAUGCGAGUGGCAGAGAAGUGCGGUGGGAGGCUUGUCACCGUCGCCAAGGAGAGUGUCAAAGUAUGGCGGUUUCCCGAGAAGAGAGACAUGGCUGUGUGGAGGUUGGAUAAGCCUUCUGCCAGCGCCGGAUCAGUUUGA